UUCAGGUAGCAGCACUGAUGCAUAGGGUCUCUCCACCAGAAGAAUAUCUCCUGGCCUUAUGUUUUCUGCAGCUUCAACAUAUCGACCCAUAUCUGGAUUGUAACAAAUUUUCAAUGCCAAACUAGCACAAGGAAUUUGGGGAUGCUGAUCAUAUGUUUUUUCUGGAAGUUCAUGGGACAAAUCUGGAGAACUACUCUCUGGGAAAUUUAAUUUGAUGGGUAGUUUUAGGAAUUCUCUCAAUUCCUUUUCAAUCUGUAGUCUCUUCUCUUCUGACAAACCUUCUGCUAGAGAAAGACAUUUUAAAGCCUCCACAGAAUACUUUUCUGCUUCAGUUAACCUGCCUAAAGCAUAACAACAUUUUGCCUUCCUUUCCAAGAGUUUGUACCUCAGUUUGGUAGGGUAUUCAUAUUCAAAAGCUCGUUCUAUAUCCUUAAGACAGUCCUCAAACUUUUCUUUUGCAAAAAGGACAGCUGAUCUAUUGGCAAAUCCAAGAGAGAUGCUGUCUGUACUGUUACUUUCAUUUAAAUUAGAUACAGGAGCACACAUGAUGCUCUGAGUAUACAGCUUUAAUGCUUCAUUGUCAUUCUUUCUUUGGAACAAUUUGUUACCCUCAUUCCUUAAUCUUGUAGAUUCUGAUGCGUUUUUGGAACGGAUCUUCAAUUUCUGAAAGGAUGGAAGAAGUUGCAUGUCUGCAAGGAGAUUGUAAACAACUGUUACCCUGUCAUUAUCAUUGGUCAUUUCAGAAAAGGAUUUUGAAAUUUUUUCCACUCUCCCCUGCGCUUUCAAAAUAUUGCACAAAUUUUCAUACAUAUUAUCUACACUAAUUGAUCCCAUGUUUUCACAGGUGUUGCACAGUAUAGGUUAUGAAUAAUAAAAUGUUAAUUCUUGAGAUGGGCAGAUGUUGUGAAAUGUCAUGGGUUUUUCUUUGAAUAUUCGAAUGGAAGGAUUCGGUUAACAUAACACAUCAAAAACUAUGAAUGAAAUAAGUACAUUCUUCUCCUACAUGCUACAAUAACAAACACGCCCACAAUUGGGUCAGCUGCUACUACUACGUGAUAUGUUUUCUUUCUCUUUACGUGCCUCAGUUCGCGACAGCGCGAAAGACAAGUUUUGAGUGUCAAGAAGUCAAUAGUGCUCAUAAGAAAGUCAUCAUCUCAUUAUUUAUAUAAUCGUUAUGGACAUUGAACUUCCUCGCUUUCGUAUUCAAGCCCGACCAGGUGAAGCAAGGUGAAGUUUGUGACGUGUCCGACGUCUUCAGCGGCAGGACAACGGGUCUCUGGCAGCAAUGACCAAGCAUCACUGAAAAACCUUCUCUCAUACAUUCGAACGGUAUUUACUAGACUUAGUGAAAUAUGGCAGAAACAAAAGGAUCCAAGGAGCCGCCGUCAACAAAACAAGUUGUUUGUAGAGCUCUGAGUAGAGUACUUCUUCAGGCAUUUAUUUGGAUACAUCAGGGGUUUGAUUAUAUUGUCGAUAUUUUUUGCAACUGGUGGUACAAUGAAUCUAAACGUCAAAUCGUCCCUCCUGUAAAGGACCCUCUUCUUUUGGAAAGUGCAGUGUCCUUAGCUGAGAAAAUAAGGAAGAAAGAGGUUCGAUCUGAAGAAGUAGUUAAAUGUUUUAUAGCUCGAAUCCGAGAGGUCAAUCCCAUUAUUAAUGCUGUCACUGAUGAAUGUUUUGAUGAAGCCAUUGAAGAAGCCCAAGCAGUGGAUGCCAUCGUAGCAUCUCGGUCAGAAGAAGAACUUAAACGAGAAAAACCUUUCCUUGGAGUUCCCUUCACUACAAAAGACAGCACAGCUUGCAAAGGAGUCCUUCAUACCCUUGGGAUUCAAGCACGAAAAGAUGUACGAGCCGAUGAAGACUCAGAAGUUGUUGCUCGUCUCAAGGCUGCGGGUGGUAUUUUACUUGGAGUAACCAACAUUCCUGAAAUUAAUAUGUGGUGCGAAUCACGAAACAUGCUGCACGGGCAAACAAAUAAUCCAUAUGACACCCGACGCACUGUUGGUGGUUCAUCAGGAGGUGAAGCCUGUGUUAUUGCAGCAUGUGGGUCUCCUCUAGGUAUUGGAUCAGAUAUUGGAGGCUCUAUUCGACUUCCUUGCUUCACCUGUGGAAUAUUUGGCCACAAACCUACUACUGGACUGACUCCAACUAGAGGUUUAACACUCCGAACAGGAGAGGAGGGUCGGACUAUGGUGUCAGCCGGUCCUAUGAGUCGCUACGUCCAAGAUCUGGCUCCUCUUCUGCGAGUUCUCAUUGGCGAAGAUAAAGCUGUGAAGGAGUUGCAGUUAGAUGAUGAAGUGCCACUGGCUAACCUGCAGGUUGUUUACAGUGAUGCUCUGGGUGACAUCCGGGCAAGUGCCAUGAGGCCUGAUAUGAUGGAACCUUUGAUGAGAGCUGUUAAUCAUUUCCAAGAAAUUUCAAAGUUGCCCGUCCGGAAGAUUCACAUUAAGAAUAUGAAAUACACAUUCCGUCUAUGGCACUACUGGAUUUUGAAAGAACCAUGUGAUUUUUCAUAUGAAUUGUCUAACAGAAAGAUAUGUAGUGUUAAUUUCAAAAUAAUAUUUCAUUUCAUUGUUUUGUUUAUUUCAACCUCAAAAUUGAAGAAAUGCAUGAUAGUGUGCAAACGAGCAGAGUUAUAUUGUGUAAUCUGUGAAACAAAUUUUGAAAAUGGUCGUGUGGAUUUCUGGAGGGAGCUUCCUCUGAAAUUGUUUGGAAUGAGCAAUUUCACGCUGGCUGCUAUUGUCCGUCUGGCUAUGGAAGCCAUUCUGCCCGUUGAGGCCCCUGCGUGGGCGGAAGAGAAGACUAAUUCCAUGGUUAAGGAGAUAACGGAAAUCCUUGGGGAAAAUGGGGUUCUACUGUUUCCUAGCAGCCCCAUGCCUGCCAUGCAUCACUACGCAAGCUUCGUGAGGCCAUACAAUUUUGCGUACUUUGCGAUCUUCAAUGUUCUCAAUUUGCCUGUCACUCAGGUGCCCAUGGGCCUCAAUGCAGAAGGGAUCCCUGUGGGAAUCCAGGUUGUGGGAGCUCCCAAUAAAGACAGGCUGUGCCUGGCAGUAGCGAAGGAGCUCCAGAAGGCGUUUGGAGGCUACGUCCCUCCGUUCCCUGUGUAAUGGUGUGGGGAAAAACCAAUUUUCAGAAUAUGAAUUUCCAUUUUAUAAUAAGACUGUCUACUCUUGUUCUUGUACUUUUUGUGGAAAAUCAUUCAAUAUUUAUUUGUGUAUGUUGAAUUGUAUUUUUACUAACUUAUCUUGCUUCAGAGAAUGCGAAAUGUAUUAUUAGCUGGUAACUAAAUGGUAAACCAAUGGUGUUUGUUGGUACUCUAAAGACUGUCUUACAUAUUUCUUAUAUUUUGUAUGUUAUAUUUUCGUGUACGGAAUAAAUGUGUACAAUAAUCGGAACAAAGAAUGCCCG